AGACCAUACUCUCACUUACACACACCAGAAACUACAUUUUAGGUCGACUACCACUUCCACUACUUUUUUUUUUAUCAUAGCCAUAAUAACUGCAAAAUGCAGACGGUCCCUGCAGCUGACGUGACGGUUGAACUGGACGCACAAAUAAAGUUAGUUGAACUCGAGCCGUGCGGUUAAGAGUCGUGCCACAAAAAGCUUCACGUUUUGUUAACACUUGUAGUCUUUCACCGUUACAAACUACAACGGCAGUGCAUGACAGAGGCUACAGCGGUUAAAUAGCUCUGUGUGUCAGCACAGCUCGGUCCGUAUAGCUAUGUUUCCGGGUGGUACGAGGCUGCUCCGGUAACGUUACAUCCUAGCUAGCAUCAGCUGUAUUCAGCAUCCCUCCUCCGCCCAGCCACAACAACAAGCUACCGGAGGCCGGGACACAAACAUAACCAGCCGAUAACCGAGUACAGGUCUAUAAUUGAUGACUUAUAGCUGAAAGCCAAAGCGAGGGCAGCAGCUACGGGCAGGAGUUAUGGCUGCGUCGCUUCUCUUCGAGACCGACAUCAGGCACCGGUCCAUGGCGGAGGAGGAUCCGAACGGGAAUGAGCACGGGGCGGCUGCACGCAGCGCGGCGCCUCGCUGGGGACCGCAGCACGCCGGGGCCCGGCAGCUCGCAAGGCUCUACUCUCCCGGGAAGCGGCUCCAGGAGUGGGUGUGUGUGAUUCUCUGCUUCUUCCUUUUCAUCAUCAACUUCUCCUUCCUCCUCCUGCACUUCUCCGCCGUUCACAUCUACAAGAUCAUCCUCGGCAUCGUCCUGGGAAUAGUGACGGCAGACUUUGCAUCGGGGAUGGUACACUGGGGGGCGGAUACCUGGGGAUCUGUGGACAUCCCUGUUAUUGGAAAGGCAUUUAUUCGUCCAUUCAGGGAGCACCACAUCGAUCCAACCGCCAUCACUCGCCACGACUUCAUUGAAACCAAUGGCGACAACUGUAUGAUACCCAUCCUUCCACUGGCUCACAUGGCCUACAAGUUCCUCACAUACACACCAGAGGCCCUGACGGCGUCCUACCCCUGGGACUGCUACGUCUUCGCCCUGGCGGUUUUCGUGACGCUGACCAAUCAGAUUCACAAGUGGAGCCACUCCUACUUCGGCCUCCCACGCUGGGUCAUGCUGCUCCAGGACUGGCAUCUGGUGUUGCCACGGAAACACCACCGCAUCCACCAUGUCUCGCCGCACGAGACAUACUACUGCAUUACUACAGGUUGGUGUAACUAUCCUCUGGACCGGCUGGGCUUUUGGAGACGAAUGGAGCAAUUGAUCCAACAACUUACAGGGCAGAAACCACGAUCUGAUGACCUGGCGUGGGCCAAGAAGACCGACAGAUGAACACUCAAAAACACGGACGGAUGGACGGAUGGACGGAUGGACGGAUGGACGGAUGGACGGAUGGACGGAUGGACGGAUGGGCUUGUGAAUGCAUACAAAGAAACAGGGACGGAGGGGGAAAAACACACACGCAUACACACACACACACACACACACACACACACACACACACACACACACACACACACACACACACACACACACACACACACUUUAACGAUUCAAGUACAGUAUUUAAGUCCACUCAAAGGGAACUAUUUACAGGGACAUAAAUAUUAUAGAUAAAUACAUAGACAAAACCAUGGGCCAUUGGCAUUCAGCAGGUCUUCAUAAUAGUAAGCACACACACACACACACACACACACACACACACACACACACACACACACACAC